UAUAACAGUGGCAGGAGGAGGCGAGCAAAGCAAUUGAGCCAGCGAGGAGUGGAGCUGGACCUGGCCUCGCACGCUCCUAGAGGACCACCUCCUGAGACAGAGUUCUUUUUCCUCCUUCUUCUUGCUCAAGCUCUCUCCUGCCCUCCCUCCCUGCCCAGUGCAAUGCAUUCUUGAGUGGCAGCGUCUGGACUCCAGGCAGCCCCAGAGAACCGAAGCAAACCAGCGAGAGGACGGGAGCCAAGACACUCCGGUUGGGGAGCUUGGAUGCCUGGCUUUCUUUGAGGACGUCUUUGGAGCGAGGGUGGCUUUGGGGUGGGGGAUUGUGCUGCAAGGAAUCCAGCCAGGUCCCAAGAUGGACACUUCUGGGCACUUCCAUGACUCCGGGGUGGGAGACCUGGAUGAAGACCCCAAGUGCCCCUGUCCAUCCUCCGGAGACGAGCAGCAGCAGCCGCCACCGCCGCCGUCAGCGCCACCAGCGGUGCCCCAGCAGCCCCCGGGACCCCUGUCGCAGCCUCAGCCUCCGCAGCCUCAGCCUCAGCAGCCGCCGCCGCCGCCGCCGCAUCCCCUGUCUCAGCUCACCCAACUCCAGAGUCAGCCCGUCCACCCCGGCCUGCUCCACUCCUCUCCCACUGCUUUCAGGGGCCCCCCUUCGGCCAACUCCACAGCCAUCCUCCACCCUUCCUCCAGGCAAGGCAGCCAGCUCAAUCUCAAUGACCACUUGCUUGGCCACUCUCCAAGCUCCACAGCCACAAGUGGGCCUGGUGGAGGCGGCCGGCACCGGCAGGCCAGCCCCUUGGUGCACCGGCGGGAUAGCAACCCCUUCACGGAGAUCGCCAUGAGCUCCUGCAAGUACAGCGGUGGAGUCAUGAAGCCCCUCAGCCGCCUGAGCGCCUCCCGGAGGAACCUGAUCGAGGCUGAGCCUGAGGGCCAACCCCUCCAGCUCUUCAGCCCCGGCAACCCCCCGGAGAUCGUCAUCUCCUCCCGGGAGGACAACCAUGCCCACCAGACCCUGCUCCGUCACCCCAACGCCACCCACAACCACCAGCACGCCGGCACCACUGCCAGCAGCACCACCUUCCCCAAAGCCAACAAGCGGAAAAACCAAAACAUUGGCUAUAAGCUGGGACACAGGAGGGCCCUGUUUGAAAAGAGAAAGCGCCUGAGCGACUAUGCUCUGAUUUUUGGGAUGUUUGGAAUUGUUGUUAUGGUGAUAGAGACCGAGCUCUCUUGGGGUUUGUACUCAAAGGAUUCCAUGUUCUCGCUGGCCCUGAAAUGCCUUAUCAGUCUGUCCACCAUCAUCCUUUUGGGCCUGAUCAUCGCCUAUCACACACGUGAAGUCCAGCUCUUUGUGAUUGACAAUGGUGCGGACGACUGGCGGAUAGCCAUGACCUAUGAGCGCAUCCUCUACAUCAGCCUGGAGAUGCUGGUGUGCGCCAUCCACCCCAUUCCUGGCGAGUACAAGUUCUUCUGGACGGCGCGCCUGGCCUUCUCCUACACGCCGUCGCGGGCGGAGGCCGACGUGGACAUCAUCCUGUCCAUCCCCAUGUUCCUGCGCCUGUACCUGAUCGCCCGCGUCAUGCUGCUGCACAGCAAGCUCUUCACUGACGCCUCGUCCCGCAGCAUCGGGGCCCUUAACAAGAUCAACUUCAACACACGCUUCGUCAUGAAGACCCUCAUGACCAUCUGCCCCGGCACCGUGCUGCUCGUGUUCAGCAUCUCACUGUGGAUCAUCGCGGCCUGGACCGUCCGAGUCUGUGAAAGGUACCACGACCAGCAGGAUGUGACUAGUAACUUCCUGGGUGCCAUGUGGCUCAUCUCCAUCACAUUCCUCUCCAUUGGCUAUGGGGAUAUGGUGCCCCACACAUACUGUGGGAAAGGCGUCUGUCUGCUCACUGGUAUCAUGGGCGCGGGCUGCACUGCCCUGGUGGUGGCCGUGGUGGCCCGAAAGCUGGAACUCACUAAAGCAGAGAAGCACGUUCACAACUUCAUGAUGGACACUCAGCUCACCAAACGGAUCAAGAAUGCUGCAGCCAAUGUCCUUCGGGAGACGUGGCUAAUCUAUAAACACACGAAGCUGCUAAAGAAGAUCGAUCAUGCCAGGGUCAGAAAACACCAGAGGAAGUUCCUCCAAGCUAUUCACCAACUGAGGAGUGUCAAGAUGGAGCAGAGGAAGCUGAGUGAUCAAGCCAACACCCUGGUGGACCUUUCCAAGAUGCAGAAUGUCAUGUAUGACUUAAUCACAGAACUCAAUGAUCGAAGCGAAGACCUGGAGAAGCAAAUCGGCAGCCUGGAGUCUAAGCUGGAGCACCUCACGGCCAGCUUCAAUUCCCUGCCCCUGCUCAUCGCAGACGCCCUGCGUCAGCAGCAGCACCAGCUCCUGUCUGCGGCCGUGGAGGCCCGGGGUGUCAGCGUGGCAGUGGGCACCACCCACACCCCGCUCUCCGACAGCCCCAUCGGGGUCAGCUCCACCUCCUUCCCAACCCCGUACACAAGUUCAAGCAGUUGCUAAAUAAAACUCCCCACUCCAGAAGCAUUACCCAUAGGUCUUAAGAUGCAAAUCGACUCUCUCCUGGUCACUUUGCCAUCAAGGAACAAUCAGACCAGGGAACUUAAAAAAGAGAGACGGAGCUAAUUGACUAACUCAUGUUCAUUCAGCGUGCUUGGUUCGAUAUGCCUUGAAACCAGAAAUCUAAUCUCUGUUUAGGUGCCUCUACUUGGGAGCGGGAAGAGGAGAUGACAGGAAGCGACGCUCUGGCAGGGCCCUUGCUGCCGAGUUGGUGGAGAACAGAAAUCCACGCUCAAUCUCAGGUCUUCACAUGGGGGGGUGGGGGGUCAGGUGCACUGAAGUAGCCAGUGCACAGUGAAGCCGGCCCAGGAGAGGGUCCUGCCAGGGGAGGGGGCCGUGACAGGCUUGGGGGAUGGGCUCCUCACCACUGGGUCCUCCAGCACACUUCUCUCCUUUCCUUUUGUCUAAGGAAGCCUGCAGAUGACAAAAGUAAAAGAGAGCUGCCUACAGCUUGCCAAAACAGACGUUCUUCUCUCCCAUACCUUACACAGUCAUAAAAUCCAAUUUAGACUGAAAAAAAAAAUACAAAUGAAAAGCCAGAUUUUCCAUCCAAUGUUAAUACCCACAUAAACCUGUGUCUGCAAGUGUGCGCACACACACCCAUUUGCACGCGCACACACACACACAUUCCACAUUCCACCCAGGUCUUUUCUUGUUUGAAUUUGACCUAAAUGAACAGGGACCUGGUACCUUACCCUGCACACAGUAGACCCUCUCCAAGUGUGUGUUGAGUUGGUUGGAUCUGAAUGUGGGUGCUUCCAGUCCUGGUAGUUUGCUAGUACUGGCCACAUUCUGACCUUCCCUGAUGAUGCAGGUCCCUUCAAGCACAAUACAGGUUUCUUCACCCUGGAUGUGCACCACACGGUUUGAGAUGAUUGCCAAGCCCAAACUGUUGGCAUCCUGGAGGGAUAAGCAGCCGUCUAAAAAUAACAGCUUCUGCAGAGUUUUCUUCUUAUACCCGAGCAAGCUGUGUUCCAGUGGGGCACACGACCAGGUGUAUGUAUGGCAGGCAAGAGGGACAGGAUUUGUGCUUGUGUGUGCACACAUGUACAAACGGGUGUGACCCAGUAACAUCUGAGUGAAUAAAAGUAUUGCCUGGGAUUGCUCAGCUCUGUUUAUCCAGCAACAGGCUUCCAGGCCUAGAUGUUAGGAAUGCAGAGGGGUCAAGAGCCUCACCCGAAUGCUGCUGAGCUGAAAGGACAAGUGAUGGUGAGUGGCCCAUGUGGUUCCUUCCACCUAACCCGAAAUCACCUCCAAAUGACAGAUGAGACGACAGGGAGCCCUUAGGGGACCUUGUGGGUAAGGUAAGAUGGCAUGGAUUUGUCAGUAGCCUUUUCCUACUGUGCCAUGUUAAUCUUGGUGCAAAAAUUGUUCCAAUUUUUUCUCAAACUUCAUGUGGCUUCAGAAACAUCACAAUCCGGUGUUGUGACAGGCGUUGUGAGGAGAGGGCAUGUGGAUGCAAACAUUUUCCAUUGCUCCAUAAUCUGACCACCCGUGACAUUUGUGACGCGAAGGCCAUUGUGUUAUUCAUCAUGUUUCCCAUGCUGAGGGCUGUUGACUUCUGCCUGUGGGAUGCUCACUCAUACUGCAGGAAAUAUUUCAUCUGUUUAGGGUAAAAUAAAAGGGGGGUGAUUUGCAAGUGGUUGCCCAGUGGGGUUUCACUUUGUACAGGACAUCAUUGCCAUUCCAAAGGCAGCGUCUGGCUGUGGAGUUUUCUUCUGCAGUGCUGUGUUGGGCCUUCCAAGGACAAGGGAAUCAUUAUGCAGAAAAAGGUAGACAACCCUAGAAUGAAGGCCACUAUUUCAGGAUCUGGUCUCUCUCUGAGCUUCUCUUUCUCUCUUUUUAUUGCUGUUGUUCCUUUAAUGGCCUCAUUUUCAUUUUGAUGGCUCCUCUGUACAUUUUCUUUGGUUGUUUUGCACACCACAGAUGCCACUCCUGCUGUUGGUUUUUUAAGCUUUUUACUUGUUCUUUUAACUACUGGUUAUCUGAAAGAUCCCCCUGCUUUUUUUUUUAAGUCCCAAGAAUGGUGCUCCUGUUUUCGGGGACAAUUCAGGCAAACAUACAAACAGAUGAAAUAACCAUGCCAUUUCUUUGUGGUGUUAGUUCCAUUUCAUGAAGUGGAGACCACUGACAGGUCAACCUGAGUAUGCCAAACCUGAUCAUUUAACCUACAGCCGUCAGCUAUUCAUUCCUAGUCACCCUUUCCAUCUGCUGUAACCCUGUGAUAUGUGUGUGUGUGUGUGUGUGUGUACAUGUGCACCUAAAUAGGGAUUUAGUCUUCAUCUCAAAUAAAUGAUAUGCAAGAUCCCACUGCCACUUCCCCUGCCCACAAGUGUGUGCAGACCAUUGAUCCAUUGUUGUGUGGAUCACUCUUCUUUCACCCAUCAUUAAUGCUGUACAUUUAGGUAAGCCCUGAAGACCAAGUUACUAACACUAUUAAAGAGAGUGGCUGGAUUUAUUUCCAGUAGCAGUAACCACUGGCAUCCUAGAAAAAUGUGGGUAUUUGUGGCAUGAUUUGACCUAUUGGUAGUGCAAUAGCUAUGUAUGGUUUUUAUUCUUGGUGAAAGAAUACUUAACCUUCAAAAAACCCCAAUCGAAUCUGCAUGUUGAUCCUGCAAUGGUAAAUGGGAGGCUGCUUCUCUAUACUAGUAUUUCAGCUUUGUGGGGGGAAGUUACCCAUUCUCCUGCAAGUACAAUCAAUCCUUGAUGACUUAGGUAUUGAUUAUCCAUGCUGUAGAUCACCUACAUUUUAUUCCUAUAGCCCAUCUUUUGGCUAAUUCCGCUGCACCCCAGCAUCCCAAUCAGAAUGGAAAAGGGGGCAGGUGGAUUCUCUUAUCAUGCCUUUUCCUUAUUUUCAAGUUUGGUGGUGGAGUUUUCAUUGUCUACUCAAGAAUUGGCUAUAUGUAAAAACUACUAAUUACAAUAACCUCACUGAACAGUGAACAGAUUGAGUUCUGCCCACUCCUGGAGGGCUGACUCAGCAGCAGAGCCCCUAUUAUAACCUUGCUGAUAACUAAGUGACAGGUAAAAGUACCCUAAUAUUCCCUAAAAUAUCUAGACACCCGAAGUAAAAAUACAGAGCCACCCCCUCAUCGCUUAAGCCAUACUAUAGCUUCAUGUACUGUAAAGUCAGGGAUGUACUGUGAUACUUAGAGACCACAAAUCUCAGUGGGAUUUCAGGACAUAGAAUCAGCUGGUAAAUCAAACCAGCCUAGGGGCUCACUCCUCCUUAGAUUGAAGUCCAAAUAAAAAUCUGCAUCUUGGGAUCAAAGGCCACGUAUAUGCGAUCAUCAUCAAUAAGUUGUCAUAAAGUGUCUAUGAACUGUUCUUGCCAUCCUCAUAAUAUGUAACUUUGGGACAUCCUAUCUCUAGAAAUGCUUAAUAUCCAAAAGAACACAAGGGGUAAGGCCCUGAGUCACCACUAAUUUCUGACUUCAGCAAGUACCAGUGGUGUAACAACAAUCUUGUAAAAUUAGGAGGUAUGUGCAAGUAAAGUCUAAAAUGCUGAGCAAGUGCAAGCUAUUGUUAUUUAUUAAAAGCCAAGAAGGAACAGCAUUGAAGACAUAGUAUUUUUAAUAGACUUGAUGAUUUACUCCUUAGAUUUUGAGUAAUUUCCUCAUGAAUAAAUAACCAUGGAAAAGAAGAAAACUAGAGAUACAGAAUCAGAAUAAAACUCUAACACUGGAUCCACUUCUUUGGCUAAUUAAUAUAACCACCUCAUACCUCAAUUUCUCUGAACUUAAAAUGAAAAUAAUAGUUCAUAUUCUUAAGUACAAAGUAUUCAAUAGGUUUAAAAAUGGAAUCAUUAGUGUCAUCAACAGCAGCCCAGGCAACUCUAUGUAGACCAUACUUUGAUGUUGCAUCUGAAUGUAGUCAACAGUUACCAAAAAGUAAUUAUUACAUAUCAACUAGAUAGUGAAAUUAGUUGGGAGAAAUAUGGGUGGGCACAUAGUUCCAGGACCCCUCUCCUUCUUCAGAGUGCACCUCAACAAACAACACAACCCAAAUUAAGAAUCAGUGUUUCAUCUGAACUAAAUGGUGUUGCCAUCAUAGAACCCCAGCUGAGACACUAUUAAGUCAUUGCACUACCAGUAGGUUCCUACUCUUUUUCAAAUUCUGCUUUCCAAUCCUAAAAUAUGUCCCCAGUUCCAUACAGUCAUUCUACUUCCUGGAAGUUGCUUAGACGCAGAUCAAGGAUCCGUUCGCGGUCAUCUUGCUGUCCCUACUGACUGUGGCGUUUGGUUUCAGUACCUUAGACAGCUACCUGGUGGCUUCCUGGUAGACUUGAAAACAACCUCUUCCCUCCAGUUAGCUUGAUGACUCCCUGGACAGUGUCCUUCCUUCCUUCCUGCUGCCAAAGUAAACAUUAUGGGAAUGGGAUCAUCGAUACCACUAAGAAAGGGAUAGCAAUAUUAACGGUCUGCCUCUGGUAGGAGAACAGGGUGAGUACUCUUCAUCCCGAAAACUUAUGCCAGGCCGCAUGAAUAGAAAUUAACAUUGAACUCCCGUCAGGCAAGUAAUAUGUAGAUUUUUACUGAAAUAGACCGAAGCUUAUUAAAAAGUACUCAGUGCAAUGGUAUAUAAAUAUAUACAGAUAGAGAAAAAAAAUAACUGUGAUCUUUUUUUCCUUACACCAUUACUGGAAACGCCCAAACAUGAACUGGAGUUCCCUCUGAACAAAACCAUUAUCAAAUCUUCAACGUAUGACCUCCAAAUCUAGGUGCCAAGUGCCCUGUGACCGUUGUUUACACACCUGAGAAAUACAUUCUGAAAGCUGUAAUCUUGGGCUGGGACCAUGUGUUGAAACAAACAAAAGAGAUGUUGUGACCAACCAAGCUGAUGGAGGAAAAGCACAAAAUUCAACACCAACCUGUAGUUAGGAUCCCAAAGAGUGGCUGAAUUUAUAGCCCCCCCUCUCCAAAACAAAAAAAGAAGAAGAAAAUGAAAUCAGUGACAAAUCAAAUAUGAAUCUGAUUGGAACAGCCAACGUCCAAGUUCACAGAAGAAGGUCGGAGAAUGAACAACAUUCUCCAGCUGUGUCAUAUUGUCUCUGUUUUUGAAUCUCAACCGGGACUGAUUCACCUUCAUCAGACAUACUUUUUAAUGAAACAACAACUCAAUUUUGGUCCCAGAUUCUCCAUUCUGCACUGACCAGAAGAGAACAACAAAUGAGAGAAACAGGAUGUUAACGGAGGAAACAUUUUCAUGGCAAACUCAGAAACUGAAGUGUUUAUAUUCAGAAUCAGAUGAGCUUCAACAUGAAUUUGCAUCUUGCCUCUCUGUACUGCUUGCUAUUUUUUAAUGAUAGGAGAAAGCAUAACGGUUUAUUUUAAAUAUGAAAUAUAUUGCUAUAUUAUAAAAUAUAUUGUAACUUUCAA